CCAUUUCCUGUUUGGGUUGUACUUCCGGUGUAACCUAACGAAAAUGACACCUCGACCAAAAUAUGGUGUAAAAUGAAAAGAGAAAAGAACACGGACUUGUCUUUUCGUGUAAUUUUUACAGUUAGAUGUAAUAACGAUGUAGGGAAGUUUGAAAAGUUGUAAAUAAGCACAAUGGCGACUACCAAAGUUGAUUACAUUUGGUUCUUCGAGGUGUCGGACCCACAGUUACACCCUAAAGGAUUUACUGUUUACAAAGUGACGUGCAAAGUGUUCCCGAUAAGCUGCCCUGAAUGUUUAAAGGAGACAAUCAUCUGGAAACGCUACAAUGACUUCAAGCAGCUGCACAAAGCCAUGUUCAAUCUCCACAAGGCACUUCACAGAAGGGAGGAAUUCCCACAGUUUGCUAAACCCAAACUGUUUGGUCGUUUUGAUGACACUGUAAUCGAAGAAAGAAGACAAAGUGGCCUUGAUCUCUUAAACUUUAUCGGCAAACAACCACAUCUGUUCAAGUCACACAUAUUCGAGAAAUUCUGGCAGGGUGGGAAGACAUCCCAGGGUUCUGGUGGUCCUCCUGCUAUGCGGCCUUCCAAACUGGACGUCAUCUCCAGUGAUGCCACAGACAGCAACCCACCGCCAGAUGUAGUCCCAGUGAUGGCUCCUGGCCAGGGCUCCAGAUGCUCCAGUCACUCUGCUAACAUGUCAGAGGAAGCCGAAGCAAGCUCAGAUCAGUCGGUCACACUAACAGUGAAUGGCAGGAAAGAGGAGGCUCGGGUGUUGGAGGGCACCUGGAACUUCCCACAGCUACCAGACACCAUCAGCCUGGACUCAUCUGCCUCAUUCGGUGAGGCCGGGGACACCGAUCUGGACUCUCCGCUGGGGACCUCUCUCCCUGACACAGACAUCAGCUCGUUUGACCCCCUGGCAUCAGAGCUGGUGGGGGAGGUGGAGGGUGGCAUGACCCGCAGUAACAGCUGGCUGGUGAAGGCCCUGCAUACAUGUGCCCAGCUCGGGGAGGACAAGGACGGGACGCGGAUGGACGAUGGGAAGGAGGACUACACAAUUACAAACAUGGCAGAUAUGGAGGAGUCACAAGAGUUGAGUCCAGGAGGGGAAGAUGUCAUUUUUGAAAUUGGAGAAUUUGAUCCUCUACGGAGUCGAGGUGAGUCAAAAGUGGAAUGUGGCAAAGGAGAUAUCGACCUGUCUCUUCCGUCAAUAAGAACAGGAAGUGUCAGCUCAACAACCAGCUCUCAGACAUCCUCAUCAGCCAGGACAGCAUCGGCAUCAGCGAGUCCGGCACACAGGUCUGAUUCCACAGUAGGCAGUCCGACAAAGUCUGGCUCGGGAUAUGCAAGUCCGGCACACAAGACAUCAUCUGUGUCUGUGAGUCCUGCGAGGAAAUCGGGAUCACUGUCAGCAAGUCCUGCACAUCACGUCAGAAGUAACACCCCAAGCCCCGCCCGGAAAAGUCGUGCAGGGACACAUUCCAGUGUGUCAAGCAUGGACUUGGGGGGCAAGGAUGACUACAUCUACCUGGCUGCCCACCAGAUCUGUCUGGCACAGGAGCAUGAAGCCAAUGCAAACUAUGAAAUGUCCUUUGCUUGUUACAAGACAGGAGUUGGAAUCUUGCUACAGGGAGUGCAGGGGGACAGCAACAAGAGUCGGCGUGAUGCGGUGCGGAGGAAGACGGCCCAGUACCUCAUGAAGGCUGAAGACCUGUACAAUCUGCACAUGGCACAGGACACAGCGGAUGAGAGGCGAUGGGCUGCAACUGACAUCACCCUGUCCCCCUCACUUGACCUUGACCCGUCGCUGGCUUUCAUCCAAGGGUCCAUGUCUGAGUUACGGAGCUACAAGGUGCUGGGUACAGUGGACCGUGUUGUUCUGGUGAUGGACCGCACCUCAGACGAGACUUACGUCAUAAAGACAGUUCACAAGGCAGCGGUUACCCCGACAACUCGUAUGCCCUCCAUCCUGCCAACUAGUUGCCCAUAUAUGGUCAGCCUGUACAAGUUCUAUGAGACCCACAAUGCCAUCUAUCUGUUGUUGCAAUAUGCCAGCGGGGGCAAACUGUGGACUCACAUCAGUAGCUUCCUCCAGAACCAGGACACUAUUACAGGGGGAGACAACUCUCCGGUUGGGCUCUACCCACACAACAGCAGCAAUGUUUACUCGGGACAGGUGUGCCACACUGAGGAUACUGACUCCACUGCUGUGCCCACUGUGACGCCCACCAACAUGGACCAGAAGAAGCCAGCCCAGAUCGCAAUAGGCCCCAGUACCUCUGCUGGACGUGUUGUCCACUUCUCCAACCAGGUGACAUCCCCUGAUGAAGUUGAUCCUGACACUCCUGCUAAUGACACACCUGCUUCUGAUGCACCUGCUCCUGACACACAUGCUUCUGAUGCACCUGCUUCUGAUGCACCUGCUGGCUCCUCCAAUUUAAAACCUGACUACCUUAGGCUAUCCAGUCUGUCGUCAGAUGAGGGUAAGUCAGUCGGCGAUGUAACAGUAGGUGCAGACUGUGUUGCUGCAGCAGACUCCAGUAAGAUUAGCCUGGAUGAUGGCCGUGAUUUCCAAGAGGUGUUGGAUCAAACCAGACCAGCUCUGGAACAGUUCUCUAUCAACAGCUUUGACAGUGAUGCCAUGUCCCGCCUUGACAGUAACAUGUCCGACCACAUCGAGAGCAUUCCAGAGGAGACAGGGGAGACAACUGAGGUGUCUGACCAGCAGGGGGAGCCACAUGUUGAUACAAGCAACAGUACAGCUGAUGAUGUGUUUGGGAGUGAGGACACAUCACGCAGUGACCGCCUGGACUCCCAACAGGAUAGCUCUCCCAGUAUAACAGAGGGAGACCUCAGUUUAGACGCACAAAGGAUUGUUCAGAGUUCUAAGGAACUGAUCAAAUUAGUUGAUCGUGUGCUGUCUGAGUCAGGGAGUUUGGACAGUUCUGCCUUAGAUUCAGCUGAUCACGUAACUGCUGUAGGUGGUAACACAUCCUCCAACUCUCACGAGUCUACCGAGCCCAGCAUCUAUGACUGCCACAAUUCCAAUGACAGUGAUAUCAGUGAAGCAGGUGUAGGGGAUGACAAGAUGUCCUCUGUAACACCUGCUGAUGCAUCAGGAACCCCCACAGCCAGCCUAACCCCCACGUCAACACUACCCACAUCCACCCCUAAAAGGAAGGUCAGUGUGAAGCGAAUGACCUCCAAAGAUCUCACGCGAUCAGCUUCUUUUGAAUGUGAUCUCAAAUCACCAACCAAGAACCGAGCCCGAGCCAUGACAGACUUAUUUGAUGAGCUUGACUCAAGAAAUCCUGAAACUUUCAAACUUCCUGAAUCCUGCAUCAAAACUUGGGCUGCAGAAAUAGUCUGUGCAAUCUCACGACUUCAUGCAUUGGGUGUCAUCUGCAGAGAUCUGCGACCAGACAACGUUCUUCUUGGUGACAAGGGCCACAUCCUUUUGUCCUACUUCUGUCAGAUGACUCUGAUUGACAAGCAGGUGGACCCAGAAGCUGUCGACAAUCUGUACGUUGCACCAGAGGUGAGCUCCAUCACAGGGUACUCAGAGGUGUGCGACUGGUGGAGCCUCGGUGCACUGCUAUAUGAGCUCCUCACAGGGAAGAGUUUGAGCAGUUACCACCCAGGUGGGAUUAACUCACACACACAUCUACACAUCCCCAACCAUGUGUCUUCAGAGGGACAGGCCUUGCUCAAGGAGCUGCUGUGUUUUGACCCCCGAGAGCGGCUGGGGUCAGGGUUGGAUGGAGCAGAGGCGCUGAAGGCACACCCUUUCUUCUCUUGCAUCAACUGGAAUGCCAUAGAAAAUGGCUGAAUCCACACCCACAGGAUUGUGGAUAUGAGGAUUUCAUGAAUUACAAAAUAGAUUUUAUUAGUGUUGAUUCAUUGGAAAAUUUCAGUCUGAAAGUUCAUCGGCACUGGAUCUGAUUGUGAUACUGAAUGAAUCCUUGAUGGCUGUCUCUUGUUCAUCACAGAACUGUGAUGUUAUUGAUGUGGUGUCCCAGCAUUAGUGGCAGACGGCCAUUGAACAACUCAGGGGAUAGCAGGGGCAGACACUUCUCAGUAUAAGAAACACUUCCUGGCACCAGAUACCUUGAGGCAGGACACCCUCUGGGAAGAUGCAGAGGAUGAGCUGCUGGAUGAAUCUAAUAAACAUACGGGCAUGAGGGAUGAUUUUAUGUUCUCGUUGUUUGCUAGUUGGGUGAUGGACUUUGUGAUACUGUGUGAUAUGUCAUCUGUAUGGAUGUGAUGUGUGUAAUGUGUGUCUGUGUGUGUUGUUAUAUCACUGUGCAAUAUGAUGCUGUAAGGUGAGAGAUGAUGAGUGUGUUGAUGAGUCCGAGCGCCACGGGGCGGUCAGUCACUGCAGCAGUGUCCACUGUCAGUCUGGCAUCAGCAGAAACCUCCACAACAUGUAGUGGAGUAUAAUCAAAACAUAUUUUUUAUAUAGGAUAAGUGUGUCACAAUAGUUUCUUUACAUGAUGCAUCUCCACAAUGUUAAAUGUGCCACAAUGUAGUACAAAUAGUUGCUUUAUUAAGACAAAUUGUACAUUAUGUAAUACUGAUACCCAGAACUAUAGGAAGGAAAUAUAAUGAAGAUAUAUGCUGACUCGUGCUUGUAUUAUGUUUGUAACUGAACCAGAUGUGUACAUAUCAGGAGUGUGUUGUGCAUCAUAGCUGCAAGUAUUGUUUAAAGACACUUUGUGACAUUCCACAUGUGCAAGAUGAGCUGUGAUUUUUACCAUACUCAGCGUAAAAGGACUAGUUGUGAUGUUUGAACAAAGACCAAAAGAUUUGACCAAAGGCUUGAAAAUGGAUGCACUUGAGCAUAACUUGGGUCAGACAAGAGGAUUCUAGAAGUGUCUCACAUCUAUUUUUUCCUACCAAUUAGUAUUGAUAUUAUUCUAAUAACAACAAUCAUUAUUCCCCACCAACAAGCAGUUCAUUAUGUGGUAACUCCCAUAUUUGGGUAUACUGCAAGGCCACACAGAGCUGUGUAAAACGUCAUAAAAUAUGUUGUGUGUCAUGUAUGGACAGGCUUUCUACAUGGGUGAGAAAUAACAUACUAUGGAAGACACGCCUCCGCCCCUGCCCCUGAAAAAACACUCCACCCCUGUUUUCCCCACCCCCACCCCUCCCACCCUGGGACAACUGUUCCUCCAUGUUGUCUCCUGUGUGUAACACUGCCCAGGCAGCAACGCAAGUGCUGAUGCUACUUACCUAUCUACCAUGUUCAAUACAUUAAAUCUGUAAAUCUGUGAUGGUAUUAAUAAAUAUCUUCCACAUU